AUGAGUCGUGACAUGUUUUCAGUAAUCAUAGCUUCUCUGAAAGUCUUUGAUGAGAGCAGAACACACCUUAAGCAAUUUACACCUCGGAAACCAAACCCACAUGGCCUAAAGAUCUUUGUUUUAGCUAGUAGUGAUGGCCAAGUCCUAGAUUUUGAGUUUUUUCAGGGAAUGGGAGCUACAGGGACAAUGAAGAAGAACCUUGUGCCAAAACAGUGUCGAUUGAAGACUGAGAAUCAGUUAAAGAGAUCCGGCAGAGGUUCCUCUGACUGUGCAGUGAGAGAUGAUUCUGCUUUUUGUAUAACUGUAUGGUUUGACAAAAAAACAUCAUCUUAG